GCCGGCAGUCACGUGGGACGCCCCCUCUCACGUGAUGAGGCGCCCUGGCCGGGCAAGCUCCUCCCUCGCCGCCGCUUGGAACUCUGGGGAGAUGGAGGAGGAAGACUGGCUGCUGGAGUCCCUGAGACUGUACAACGACCUCCACGUGUUUGAGCUUCAGGAUCCCACCAGAGUCAUUGAGUGGACAGGAGAAAAAAGCAUCUGUGUAGCAGGAUAUGAAAGCAGAAGGAAUGAAAUUCUCCAGCUGCUCUUGCCUCAGAAGCUGUACGCAAAAGAGAACCAGGGCUUAUGUCCUGAAAGAGAUUUUAAGGUUGAACACGGUGGAUUUUCUGAUCGCCCUGUGUACAGUCUGAAGCAUGUGCCGGAGACCAGCUUGCUGGUGACGAGUGGUCCACCAGACAGUGCUUUGCAGGUUUGGCGCAUGGAGGAGAAUGAAUCAGAUGUUAUUAAGCCCCUCGACAGCAUCCCCACUGCGCAAGGAGAAGGGUGCUCCUGGGCAAAAAUUGCAACGGCUUCCUCCAAGUCCGCGUGGGUCCUUCACGGGCUGAGGAUCAACAACGUCCAGGUGACAGAGAUUGACUCCAGGAAAACCAUCUUCAUGGCAGCCUCCACAAACACCAAUGAGCUUGCCACUUUGGAGUUCCUGGACGAAGCCGCCAUUCUGGCCUGCAGUACCAAAGGGCAGCUGUUCCUUGCAGACACCAGGCAGCCGCAGAGCCUCUUGGCGGUUGCCGAGGAUGCGGCCAUCAGCGGGGCGCUGGCUGGGCAGAGCUUGUGCGCUGGAGUCAGGCGCAGCCCAAUGGGGUCUGCCACAGACAGGCCGCUGGUUGCCCGGCUCUCAUCUGGAGGCCAUGUGGUGCUGACAGACCUCAGAAACCCAGCAAGCCCCGUGAAGGCAGCUCAGUGUCGCGUGCCCACAGCUAGUCCUUGCGGGGCAGAGUUCCCGACUGUCUCCUUUGCGCCUCUCCUUGGAGAACGCCUGGCUGUGUCAGGCUUUGAUGGGACUGUCCAAGUCUACGACAUGCGCAGCUGGGGCCCUUCGGCCCAAGAAGCCAGUCCGGAGUUUGUUCACAAAGGGCAUGUUUUCAGCGGGGUGGGCGAUGCUGGAGGCCCACCCUUAGUUACCACCCACACCUGGAAUCCCUCCAAGCCCCGGACGCUGUUAUCGGCAGCGAGCGAUGGGUCGCUGCAUGUGUGGGACUGGUCUGAACUCCUUGGGGCUAGCUAGCACUUCUGCUGCCUGCGGGACAUGCUCUCCGAGGUCCUUGUCAUGGAAGCGCAAAGGGAGGACAGCUCUGCGGAAACAAACGGGAACAGCCCUCUCCCUCCCUGAAUUCAUCUCCCAUCCAAAGCAAUUGAAAGUAACUGGUUCUUUUGCGGGGGGGGGGGGAGCCUCCACCAGUGACCCUGCUUGUUGUGCGUGCUCUGCGCACCAGCUCUUUCCAAGUUGUUGGUGCAGACACCUUUUUUAAAAAUUUAUUUAUUACAUUUAUAUGCCGCCCCAUAGCCAAAGCUCUCUGUAGCCGAAGCUUUUCCAUGCAGGGAAAGAGGCGCACGCUGCGUGGAUCUCUGCUGAUGUGAGCAAAGGGAAAGCGACACCUGCGCUCUGCCCGGUGGCCAUGCUUGCUGGGGCUAAUGGGAGUUGUAGCUGAGCAACAUCCGGUGCCCCAUACCUGCGCCAAGUACUGCUGCAGCAUGUUGCUUGUACUCACCCUCUCCCCCCCCCCCCCCCGUUAAAUGAUUUCAAGUGUCUGCUAGAUAAUGGUCAGAGUUGCUCAGUGGCAUCCUUCGUUGCACUUUGGGCUUUCUGGGGUGGAUGUGUGUGGUUAGCUAAAUGGCGGUGCCCAAAUUGGCUGCUCCUUAGGAGCACAGGAGGAAGGGGUUGAAGAGGGUGCCCACCUUGAGCUACCUUUUGACAGCAAGUUCAAAGGGUUUUGUGUGGUGAAUGCAGUGUUUUUUAAACUUUUAUGUCGCUACUGUGAUUAUAUCAGCCCUUGCUGUACUUUAUGGCAUAGUGCCCACUGUAUUUUUGAAGAUCCUCCCAUCUCAGCUUGCAUUAUUAUUAUGCCAUGUAUUAUAAAGUCCAAACCACUGAAUAAAGAAAAAGUUUAAAAAAUUGACUACCUAUGAAUCCAUGACACAGCAUGUUAUAAUUAGUCUAUCAGUUAAUGCAUCAUAAAAACGAGGUUUCCUAAGCCAAAACGUUUUAAUUUUCUUCCUAAAGACUUUGCUAACAUGGUGCCCUCUGGGUGAUUUCGACUACACCCGGCCGCUUGCUGAGAAAGCAGCUUUUGCAGUUUGCCGAAAAGCAAAAAGUAUGUGUGUGUGUCCGAGAUGCACAAUUCUCGGUCUCUUUUUUGGUCAUGGAAUUAUGCGAGGGCUUUUAGGC